ACACGGCACAGCCACAGCCCUCCUGCUACCGCUGUGCCAUGGCACUCAUCCUCCUGGCCCCGCUCGCCAUGGGGCUACUGGCCCUCUCCUGCUGCGCGGCCCCUCUCCAGAGCAAGCCGCAGGCGGUUGUCACCUUCCCGGGAGAGCUGGUCAGCACCCUGUCGGACCUGGAGCUGGCGGAGAGCUACCUGCUGCGGUUCGGCUACACCACAGACGCAGAGGCAAGGACGGGCAGCAAGCACGUGUCCCUGGCCAAGGCACUGCGCAAGAUGCAGAAGCAGCUGGGCCUGGAGGAGACGGGGGAGCUGGAUGCCAGCACGCUGGAGGCUAUGCGAGCCCCCCGCUGCGGUGUCCCUGACGUGGGAGCCUUCCUCACCUUCGAGGGGGACCUCAAGUGGGACCACAUGGACCUGACGUACCGGGUGAUGAACUACUCCCCUGACCUGGACCGUGCCGUGAUCGAUGACGCCUUCAAGCGGGCGUUCAAAGUGUGGAGCGACGUGACCCCCCUCACCUUCACCCAGAUAUACAGCGGCGAGGCAGACAUCAUGAUCAUGUUUGGCAGCCAAGAGCACGGGGAUGGGUACCCCUUCGACGGCAAGGACGGGCUCUUGGCCCAUGCCUUUCCCCCAGGCCUGGGGAUCCAGGGCGAUGCCCACUUUGAUGACGACGAGUUCUGGACACUGGGAACUGGCUUAGUAGUGAAGACCCGCCAUGGGAAUGCCAACGGGGCCAACUGCCACUUCCCCUUCAUCUUCGAGGGCCGUUCCUACUCCCGGUGCAUCACAGAGGGGCGCACGGACGGGCUGCCCUGGUGUGCCACGACCGCCAGCUAUGACCGGGACAAGAAAUAUGGCUUCUGUCCCAGUGAACUUCUCUACACCAACGGCGGCAACAGUGACGGGUCCCCCUGUGUCUUCCCCUUCGUCUUCGACGGCACCUCCUACAACACCUGCACCACGGACGGGCGAUCCGAUGGCUACCGCUGGUGUGCCACCACCGCCAACUUCGACCAGGACAAGAAAUACGGCUUCUGCCCCAACCGAGACACAGCGGUGAUUGGCGGCAACUCCCAGGGGGACCCCUGCGUCUUCCCCUUCACCUUCCUGGGGCAGUCCUACAGCACCUGCACCAGCCAGGGCCGGCAGGACGGCAAGCUCUGGUGUGCCACCACCAGCAACUACGACACCGACAAGAAGUGGGGCUUCUGCCCAGACAGAGGUUACAGCAUCUUCCUGGUGGCUGCCCACGAGUUUGGGCACUCACUGGGGCUUGACCACUCCAGCGUGCGCGAGGCUCUGAUGUACCCCAUGUACAGCUACGUCCAGGACUUCCAGCUGGACCCAGAUGAUGUCCAGGGCAUCCAGUACCUCUACGGUCGUGGCUCUGGCCCCGCGCCCACCGCCCCUGCGCCCGUGCCCACUGAGGAGCCCCAGCCCAUGCCCACGGAGGCUGGCAGCACCUCCACCACCGAGGAGGAGGUGGAGGAGGAGACGCAAGAGCCCACGGCCGAGCCCAUUCCCGUGGACCCUAGCCAAGACGCUUGCAUGGAGAAGAACUUCGAUGCCAUCACAGAGAUCAACGGGGAGCUGCAUUUCUUCAAGGACGGGAAAUACUGGACCCUCUCAUCCUUCUGGAAGUCGGGCAUCCAGGGUGCCUUCUCUGUCGCAGACACCUGGCCUGGCCUCCCGGCUGUCAUCGACGCCGCUUUCCAGGACGUGCUCACCAAGAGGGUCUUCUUCUUCGCCGGUCGGCAGUUCUGGGUGUUUUCUGGCAAGAACGUGCUGGGCCCCCGGGGGAUCGAGAAGCUGGGCAUUGGGAAGGAAGCCGGCCGCAUCUCGGGGGCCCUGCAGCGGGGCCGUGGCAAAGUGCUGCUCUUCAGUGGGGAGAGCUACUGGAGGCUGGACGUGAAGGUCCAGAGGGUGGACAAGGGCUACCCCCGUGCCACCGAUGAUGUCUUCACUGGCGUCCCCCUUGACGCGCGCAAUGUCUUCCUCUACCAAGACAAGUACCACUUCUGCCGGGGCAGCUUCUACUGGAGAAUGACACCACGCUACCAGGUGGACCGGGUGGGCUACGUCAAGUACGACAUCCUGCAGUGCCCCCAGCAGUGA